CUCUUUCUAACUCUGCAACCUUCACUCUCUCUAAUUCCUUCUCUCCGUCUAUAAGCUGUCUCUCACUCACCUUCACUCACCGAAAGCACCACCACCACCUCGCCGCUGCGACACUGGCGAACUGCACCAACCAACCCUAUCCCGAGCUCUCAUCCCUCUCGUCCUCCAUGUACUAUCACCGGAACACCGAGCCACCAUAACCUCCACUCCGGCGAACCACCUAGAUCACCAUCCCUCCUCAUUUUCAAACCACACGAGUGCAAAAGCACUGCAAACAUCAUGUCUGGGCAGUCACCCCGAGAACCCAGCUACUGCCGUCGAGCCAGAAGCUCCGGCGGGGAGCUGUAGUUUUUCCGAUGAUGAUCUCGUCAAUGCCGCUGAAGAGACCUCGGAGAAAAAGGAUUCUCCAGUUUCCGGCGAGAAACCGGGCCCUUGCAGGCCAUUUUACGGCCAAAUGCGACCACGGACGAGAACCCCAAUGGUAUAUUUCGAUUCCUUGUUCCUUGGGCUUCAAUUUGAUAUGUUCGGUUGCUAGUUUUAGUUGAGAUUUGAAGCUAAACGAAGCCGGGGAAGUUUCCCUGCUAAAUUUCCCGAUUCCGGUGUUCUUCUUCAUUUGGGUCGGCGGGUGCGACUCGCUAGCCCAAUUAGGUCCGACCCGACCCGAUUGAAAAAAGCCCAAACCGGAUCCAAAAACCGGCCCAAGCCCAUGACCCGUUAACCCUACCCAGAUCCUCAAGACCGACCCGGUACAAGAAAGAAAAAGAAAGAAAGGGGCCAAAACCCAAACCCGGGCCAAACCUAAAGCCCAAACCUUUAGGCCUUUGUUCCAGCCCAGGUCCACUUCAGAUUUUGGAGGGAAUAUUCUGUUAACCUCCCUGUUAAUUUUUACAGAAUAUUCCAUUUGAGAAUGAAAUAUUCCGUUAAAGUUAACUGUUGACUAUUAGUUGACUUUUCGAAAUUUUCUUGGAAACCCUCCUAGUUAUUAUAUGUUUGCAUGGUGUCUCUUAUUUAUUUGUACUGUCCUAGGCUAAAGACUAGCUUCAUGUAUCAUGCUCACGUGAUGUAGUACUAGAAUGUAAAACCUACACCGAGCCUAUUCCAUUGUUUGAUUUCCUCUAAAGUGGACUUGUGUGCCUACAUAAAUUAAUGAAGCAUUAUAUUCUGAUAAUAACGGUUUGAGAUUUAAUGUUGAGAUACCUUGUUGUUGUACCAUGCAUCUUUGACUCACUUUUUUUUGUAGGGUACCUACUACAUACUAUUAUUAUAAUAUUUUUUGGAAAACUAUAUUCUUGUUUUACAGCGAGGGGUUACACUUUUCAAAAAGGUUUUACAAAACUUUAUUUUCAGGCCCAUUCAUCCUUAUUUUUCGCCUCUUUAGUGGUAGAGGUUUCAUGACGACGAAGAUUGUUGGUAAAGGUUGUCAUGUAGGAGACUUCUCCUUUCAGUAUAAAUGUCCUUACGCUUCUUUUACUACGAUUUAUCUAUGCUUUGACAUCACUUGUGUGAUAUAGGUUCAAUCCCGUUCACAUGCACACUCUAAAUUAAUCACUUUUAGGUUUAAAUUUAUUGACAUUUUCCACAUCACUACAUUUUAUGGCUUCGUCACCUUCCAAGUGUUGGCCACAUUUCGGGUUUGGGUGUGUCACAAUUUGUAAUAGAAAUGCUAGAGACAAAAUUUAGAUGUACAAGCCCAAUUUUAUAUCAUUUUUAAUCAACAGAGAGAGAGAGAGAGAGAGAGAAAGAGAGAGAGAGGAGUUUAGAACCUUGAAUUUCUUCCAAUAUUGUGAAGAAAAGUACCACUAGAUCACCUAGAGCUUAGUUGGGGGCACACUACGUUAGCCAACCGGUCGUUAACUAGCGCCCAUGUGUGUCCAGAACGUGGCUUUUGGCAUCACAUUACCUCGUUCCUUGUCAUUAAUUUUCACGAACUAGUUGGGAAACAAGAAACAUAUUAUACUAGUAAUUAAAAUGCGAAAUAUUUGUCCUAGAACAUUCCACAGAACAUAAUCAUAUAUUAACCAGUCACUAAAAACUGAUAAACAUUGAACAUAGAAGAAGAUGGAACUCUUCCAAAAAUAGGUAAGUUAUUACCAAAAAAAGGGAACAAGACACGGAUUCCAGCUUGUAUUUUCCAACAAAACAAGAGAAAUAUCCAAAACUAAAUAUUAAUUCAUGGGCUCUCACUUUUUUUCCCGGGGACACUUCCAACCUGGCACGCUCAGGGAAUGCCACGUGGACAGCCUCACAGAGGGCUCUUGCAUUUUUUGAGCUUUUCCAACACCUAUAACUCAGGCGAAGUAUCAUCUCCUCCAAUGUGUGGUCUUGACCAAGCCACCAUUUGUUAGAGCUGUGUGUGAUCAGGUCUCCUAAUCUUUGAUUAAUUCCUUCACUAAUCUUGGGAUCAUGAUUGAUUAAUUAUUUUCUGUCAUUCGAUGCGUUUAGAUUUUGUGUUUAAUGGGUUUCUUCAUGUAAUCUUUGGUUUUGUUUAGAGAGAGAGAGAGAGAGAGAGAGAGAGAGAAGGAGGAGGAGGAGGAGGAGGAGGAGGAAUGUUGCAUAGAGCAGCAAGCAAUGCAUAUUCAUGGUGGUGGGCUAGCCACAUCAGGACAAAGCAGUCCAAAUGGCUCGAACAGAACCUCCAAGAUAUGGAGGAGAAGGUUCAUGAUACAUUGAAAAUCAUUGAUGAAGAUGGGGACUCCUUUGCAAAGAGGGCAGAAAUGUAUUACAGGAAGAGGCCGGAGCUAGUUGCCUAUGUCGAAGAAUCUUUUCGCGCCUAUCGAGCUUUAGCAGAGCGAUAUGAUCACUUGUCAAGAGACCUUCAGAGUGCCAACCGCACCAUUGCCACAGUUUUUCCUGAGCGAGUUCAGUAUGCUAUGGAGGACGAGGAUGAUGAGAUUGCUUCUCAAACAUCAACUUCUUCUGACGGUCCUAACAAAGUGUCACCGGAUGCAUACAAAAACAUUCCAAAAGUCCCCAAGGCCCCCAAAUAUUUGAGGAGCAAAUCCACGUUAUUAUCGAGGAAGGGCACGCUUAAGAGAAAUGCAAGUUCCGCUAAAGCUGCCCUAGCUGCUACUCUGAGGUCGGGGCUGACCAAAGAGGAGGCAUUGGGAGAAAUCGAUAAGCUUCAAAAGGAUAUUUUGGCGCUGCAGACGGAAAAGGAGUUUGUGAAGAUUUUUUUUGAACGCGGAUAUGAUAGGUAUUGGGAGUUUGAAAAUCAGAUCACUGAUAUGCAAAAAAGAGUUUGCAAGUUGCAAGAUGAGUAUGGCAUUGGCACUGUUAUCGAAGACAACGAAGCUCGAACUUUGAUGGCUGCCACGGCUUUAAAGUCAUGCAAAGAUAGCUUAACAAAUCUGCAGGAUAAGAAAGAGAGAUCAGAAGAAGACGCGAGAGUUGAGCGCCAAAGGGUUAGAGAAGCCUGCAAAAAGUUUGAGAGCCUCAGAAAUGAAUUUCGUUCGAAACACAUAGACUGGUGCGAUACUGAUGAGUAUGAUUAUGAGAAUAUUGAUGUAGAAUCAAUAAGUCUGGAUCAAGAAAUACAUGAUGAUCAGGACACGUUGCGUUCUAGGGUUUUGGAACAGCUCGAUACGAAUUCAAACACCUCAAUUUCUAUGACAGAACUAGCAGAGAAAAUUGAUAGACUUGUGAACAAGAUAGUGAGUCUGGAAGCUGCAGUCACUUCUCAGAAUGCUUUAGUAAAUAGAUUAAAAUUAGAAAACGAUGAGCUUCAGGCGCACGCUCGGAGCUUGGAAGAGGAAAAAGAGACUCUAAUGGAAAAUGCGGACAAGAUGAGCAAACGGCUAAAGGAGUUGGAGGAAGAGCUGCGUCGAAUUAGAAAUUUAAACAGAAAAGUGGAAGACCAAAAUAACAACCUUCAAACACAUUUUACAGAAGCUAGCUGUAAUCUUGACCAUUUGUCAGGAAAACUGAAAAGUGUGAAGCACGAAGAGGAGGAUGAGAAUGCCAGACUAUUCCAAGAUGUGAAAGCAGUUGAUGCCAAACCUGAAAAAGAGAUUAAAGAAGAUUCAAAUAAGGUAGUUCUUGAUGACGAUUCGGCGGUCUUGGAAGAUAAAAUGUCAGAAAGUGAAAUUAAGAGAAAGAAUGUUACAAUUCUCGAAACUUCUAUCAAGGAGGAAGACGGAGAAGAAAAGCAAUCAGAUCAACCGAUGCAGCAGGAACAGGGAAAGGCACAAGAUUUGUCCGAGGAUGUUCAUCCACAGGAAUUGGAACUGGAGAAGGAAGAACAGCCAAACUGGAGACAGCUGUUCCUAAAAGGGUUAGAGGAUAGAGAAAAGGUUUUGCUGGAGGAGUAUACUUCAAUUCUCCGCGAUUACAAGGACGCAAGGAGGAAGCUCGGCGAAGUGGAAAAGAAAAACCGGGAUAACAUCUUCGAUUUAGCAAUGGAGAUUAGGGAAUUAAGGGGUGAUGUUGCCUCCAAAGACAAUGAGAUUAAACUUUUGAAGCAAAAACUCGGCUCCCCAGAAACAAAUCCGGAGGACAGUCCUGCGACAGUAUAUAAAUUUCCAACUCAGGAAGGCCCCCUUGAGAGUCCAACUCAAGUCGUUGCAUCCCCAUACUCAACUGUUGCAUCACCAAAUUUGGAUAAAGAGAUGAUUUCUAGCUACCUUGAUGAACAAGGAACAGAGAAAUUUGAGGACUCAUCAGGAAACUCAAAGGUCUUACUGAGAAAGGAGGAAGAGAGAAUAAUGAGGAGAAGACAUACUGUUAGACCCCAUUCUGUUUCAGCAAUAGAAGGAAGGUUCCGUUCAGACAUUGAUGAGCUGUUGGAGGAAAAUUUAGAAUUUUGGCUGAGGUUUAGUACCUCGGUUCAUCAGAUACAAAAAUUCCACACUUCGAUACAGGAUUUACAGUCUGAGUUGUUGAAACUCAAGAACAAAAAGAAGCAUGAUGGACAUGCUUUACAAUCGGAUGCUAGGCCAAUAUACCGACACCUAAGAGAGAUACAAACGGAACUGUCAUUAUGGUUGGAACACAAUGCAGUACUAAAAGAUGACUUACAGGGUAGAUUAUUAUCCUUGUGCCAUAUUCAAGAUGAGAUAUCGAGACUCUCCAGUUUAAGCUCCGAAGGAGAAAAUAUGGAGCUUAUAAGCAAAUAUCAGGCGGCAAAGUUUCAAGGCGAGGUUCUCAACAUGAAGCAGGAGAAUAAUAAGGUUGCAGAUGAGCUACAGGCAGGCCUUAACCGUGUUGAUGGACUCAAGGUUGAGGUCGAAAAGACACUAGCAAGACUCGAUGGGGAACUUGGGAUUUCGGUAUCAAAGAGCAUUAACAACCCCAAACGCUCAAUGAGUAAGUCUCGAAUUCCCUUGCGGUCUUUCUUGUUUGGGGUUAAGUUGAGAAGGCAAAGGCCAUCAAUCUUUUCCUGCGCCAGCCCGUCAUUACAGAAACAGCACAGUGAUUUAGGAGCAGCUGUGCCGCCUCCAGAACAACCUAUGUAGAUGAUAUGUUUUAUGAUCUACUUUUAUGUUUUUAGUUUUAAUGUCUUUAAACAUUGUUGCACACAGGAACCCAUUAAGUUCAUUGUGUUAGUUUUGUAUUUGUAUUUUUUAUAUUGUUGUAUGAUACUUAUUUAGAAUCUUCUCUUAUUUGCAUAA